GGCCUGGGGGCCCUCCCAGCUAUGGGCUCAGAGGCAGAGCUCUGGGGUGUCUCCACCAUGGCCUGGACCCCUCUUCUGCUCCCCCUCCUGACUCUCUGCACAGGCUCUGUGGCCUCCUCUGCCUUGAAUCAGCCACCUUCAGUGUCUGUGGCCCUGGGACAGACAGUCAGGAUCACCUGCCAGGGAGGAGGCUUAGGAAGCUAUUAUUCUCACUGGUACCAGCAGAAGCCAGGCCAGCGCCCUGCACUGUUCAUCUAUGGUGAUAGCAGCCGGGCCUCAGGGGUCCCUGACCGAUUCUCCGGCUCCCGCUCUGGUGGAACGGCCACCCUGACCAUCACUGGGGCCCAGGCUGAAGACGAGGCUGACUAUUUCUGUCAGUCAUGGGACAGCAGUGGUACUAGUGCCACAGUGACACAGGCAGAUGGGGAAGGCUGGGAGCAGGAGGUGACUCUGCAGACGCAGGAGGGUCCGGCCCCCUCUGUACAGGGAGCACCCGCGGCAUUCUUCAGGAUAGAUCUUCUUCUACGCAUGACAGAGAAUCAAUAUAUUACUAAUGAUGGAAAUAACACCAAGUACAUUAGCUACACACAGUACAGUGGACGUAGGAAUCAGAAACACAAACCCCUUCAUAAACUCACAAAUGUUUGCAAAGUUACAAACACAUUACUACACAGCAAAUGGUCCAUUGAGGACAUUAAGUGGAAAUUAGAUAGUGCGGAAUGA